AUGGAGCUGAAGGAUGUCGUCUUUGCUUUGGCACACGCCACCGGCAAAACCGGCCGCUUCACGCUCAUCGAACGGUGGCGUAAUAACGAGCGGUUGCUGGCACCGCACGAGAACCCGCUCAAGAUCCUGAUGAAAUGGGGCGAGUACUCCAGCGACGUUCAGUUCAUCCUCCAGCGAUCCGAUCAGCAGCAGCAGGCGAAAAAGGAUCAACCGCCGGGGGCAGCGACGAUCCCCACGCAACCAACGCAGCAGGCGACGCAGGUUUCGCAAUCCCAACAACAGCUUCUACGCCAGCAACAGCUGAAGUUGAAUCAACUGAACAACAACCAUAUCGCCGCAAAUGGCGGGUACACCAACAAUGGCAAUCAGAUCAUCACCAGCAACAGCAGCAAUACCACCACCAACAACGGGCUCGCAGCCUCCCCGACGAGUCCCAAUGGGGUUAACAACAAUAACAACAACAUUAUCCCUCCGGGCGUUAUCAGUGCCCACCACCCGCACAUCAACGGUAACGGGUUAAACAACAACGGUGUCCACCAUCACCACGCAUACCACCAGAACGUGGACGAAAGCGGAGGCAGCAGUGGCAGAAACUCCACCGGAACGCCACCGACACAGGCGCCGGCGGCGACGCAGGGCGGCCCCCCGCCACCACCACUGCAUGUCGGGAGCAACGUGGUCGGGGAGUUUAAUGCGGCCGACCUGAGGAGUUCGCUGGAUCGGAAGGUGAACGGGGUCCUGGUGUUCAGCAGUGGGCUCAACGAGCGCGGUCCGGUGGCGCCCUCCAGUGGCGGGUCGAGCGUUAUCGUCGGCGCUACCAUGAAGUCGGCUGACCACCAUCACGGGACACUCGGGCGAUAUCACACCCCACCGCAGCCCCAUCACCACGGCCUUAGUUGCGCGGACAAUCAGCAUCAUCAGCUGGACACGAGCAGCAUCAGCAGCAUCAGCAGCUCGACUGGCGGCGGCGGUGCCAACCUGUUGCUGAACGGUUCAAGCACUGGGAGUGGGCCCACCACCAACUCGCCCAUCGUGGGCAUCUCGUCGAACGGGGCCCUGGUGCCACCGCCGUACCGUGACCCACCGCCACCGCGCAACAGUCCCCUGUCGCAUCGGCUGCUCGAGGGCGGCAGCUACUCCACGAACGGCGGUUGCAACACCCUGACCAGCCUCAGUAGCACCGGAAGUGCCGGAAGUGGUAUCGGUGGUAGCGGCACGGGCAGGAAAUUGGACAAGGACAGCAGCAACCCCGGUGCCGGAUCCUCGUCGUCACCGUCAGGGGCGGCGCCGCCCCUACUGGACCAACCGGGUCCGUCCGGGGAGACCAAUUUGCUGAACGGCGGUGGGUCCUCCGAGACCCUGCCACAGCAUGUAACCGGCUACCGGGAACUGAUACAGCUCAUCAAGUUACAGCGCGAGAAAAUCAAUACCCAGCAGGCGGACAUCUCGAAGUACGAUUCCGAGAUACUGUACCUGGAGGGCCGUAGCCGCGACCAGCUCGAUCAGCUGGACGUGAUCACGCAGGAGAUCAACAAGACGGACGCCCUGUACCGGCAGACGAGCGAACAGCUGCAGGCGUUCCAGUACGUCGAGGAGGAGAGCGAGCUGGUGCGGCAGCAGGAGAAAACGCUCAAGUCCGAGCUGACGCUGCUGCGGUCGAAGCUGGCCAACAGCGAGACGGAGCUGCUGCAGUGCAAGAACCGCAUCCGGCUGCUGAUGGACGAGAUACUGGUCGAGCAGCGCAAGUAUAGCCGACAGUACGAUCCGAACCGACAGCAAUUGCUGGAACGGCAUCUAAUGUGUGAAGUUGACAGGCUCCAGGUGGAGAUCGAUCUGGCGGUGCAGAGCGCGGACCAGGCGAACAAGGCGCACGACAAGCUGCGGACCGAGGUGUCGCAGCUCGAGGCGGCCAUCGCGGACAAGAAGAAGCAGGUCGAGCGGCUGGUGCACGAGAUGAAGGAGGUCAACCUGCAAAGCCUGGCGGUGGUGCCGCCGGCCGACGAGGUCCGGCACCUGCUGGAAGUUGGUUCCGUCAAACCCGGCAGCACCCGACGGAUGAUCGGUUCCCCGCGGCAGCUAGAGAACGCGGUGCCGACGAGCAAAAACCCUCACGGUGUCUGGGUGUGA